CAAUACCUCCAAAAUAUUUGGGAACACAAGGGUUUUCUAGUGAGCCCUGAAUAAUCAAUCUGGGGUUUUAAUUAGAAAGCGGGGCUUAAAUCCAGAGAGAGAGAGAGAGAGAGAGAUUUUACGCAUCAAAGGGGAAGCUGAAUGGGUGAUAAAGCAGGAGGAAAAGGGGGUGCUAAAUCAGCUCUCAAAACCCCAUUGUCUUCAGGUUUUGAGCUGAACAACGGUUCAACAAAAUCUAGGAAAGGAAUGAAUGUUCAGUUUGAAUUUGAAGAUCGUGGGGGAAAGAGAGAUAAGGCUGCAAAUGGUGGUAAGAACCCAGUGAAGAAACCAACACCUCCUUUGCAGCUUAGAGUUGAGCAGGAGCUCCCGGAGAAUGUUACAUGUCUGAUGGACUGUGAAGCUGCCCAAGUUUUAGAAGGGAUUCAAGAGCAGAUGGUUGUGCUCUCUGAAGAUCCAGCUAUUAAAAUCCCAGCUUCAUUUGACAAGGGACUGCAGCGUGCCAAGAGAGGCAAUAAUUAUACAAGUUUACAGUCUGUUCAAGAAGUACUUCAAAAUCUGAAGAAACACGGUGUUGCUGAUAGUGAAUUAUGCUUGAUUGCCAAUAUUCACCCAGAAUCUGCUGAUGAGGUCUUUUCUCUUGUUCCAUCCUUGAAGGGAAAGAAAAACAAGCUGCUGGAGCCCCUCAAUUCUGCAUUGGAUGAAUUAUCAAAAAUAGAAUGUUCAGCAUAACAUGUAAUCGUAAUUCCCUAAUUAUGGCUGUCUUGAUGUAGACCUGAAUAGUUGUCCUUGGUUUUGUAAGUAAUCGCUUUAAUCAACAUUCA